AUGACUUGUUUAUAUGCAUUUCAGAUUGUUUUACAAUCUUUUUACGAUACACAUGCUAAUAAUCAAGAGGCCCGUCAUGAAACGGGAGUGGAACCAGCGGCCAACAUCGACAAGGUCAAACGAAUUGUAGUUACAAACGAAGCAAGCAAUAAGACUGUGGCUUUUAAUGUAGAUGUGAAUGACUUCAAGCCUUGCGGCAAAAUCAUGAUUUUGGAUAACGUACCCGAAGAAUUUAAAAUCGAUAUUAAAUUUGAUGAUGGAAAAGAAAGUUCAAUCACAUUGAAACAUUCUAUUGAAGAUAUUUUAAAAGUAAGUUUCAUUUUACAGCAUUUUAUAUUGCUCUUAUUUUCAAAAUUUUUAAUUCUUUCACUUUUUUAAUUUCAAUGGCCAAUAGCCUGUAUAGUAACAGCCUAUGUCAAUAAACUGCAAUUUGCUUCUUUGUAGACCCUAAAGCGUGAUGUCGCUUUUCCUAACACCUCGUUAUCGCUUCGUUUCGUUACAAAAACGGAAAUUUUAACUCCACGCAAACACAACUUUAAAGAAUCAGGGUCUCAAACAGAUGAUACAUAUCACACUAACGCAAGUUGUCAAGUAAGUUUACCGAACAAUAAAUUUCAAAUUUUUUUAAAAUUUUCAAACUUUCAAACUAGUUUAAAAACUUACUUAUCUUUGAAUUAUAAAUGUUUAGACUGAUAGUACAUCUACAACUGAUAAAACUUCCACAACAGAAACUUUCCUUAACAAUGUGGAGACUCAAACUGAUAACGAAGUGUUUAACGAAGAAAAGAAAAAAAUUUUUAUUGAAGGCGGUGGCCCUGCUUUUCCAACGGGUUUAUAUAAAAAUUUUGAAAAAUCAAGUCGAACAAAGAAGAAACAGUAAGAUUUUUUAUAAAAACGUUAUUUAAUCGUAAAAAUUACCAAAUUUCAUAUUUAUACGCUUGUUUAUAAUACUUAAAAAGGUAAACUUUUAUUUUACUUACAGCACGAUCAAAAAACAUUGCCACAACGUUGUCAUUGCCCAUUGAUAUUACCAAAUACAAAAUGGACUUUUUGGUCUCACAAACAGAUAUAUUGGAUAUAAAAAACAAGUUAAAACUACUAAAUAAACAACAUAAAGAAGUUCGUUUUGAAUCAAAACGACAGAGAAGAUCAAAACGAGAGUUUAAAAACGUAGGCAUACAAAAGAGUACUAGACUGAUAUCGACAGACUGCCAAACUGAGAAUCUAAACGACAAAAACGAUGCACUGUUAUCUGAUAUGGAAAGCAAACUAUAUGAACAAAAUCACGUAGACGAAAAGUCAGUAACGUCAAGUAGAAGUAAACGCUCGAGCAUAAGCAAGUCAAUUGAUCAAACUGAGCCAUCAACAGCUAGUACAUCGGGACCAGAAGACAGCGAUGGUACAACUGUUUCUGAAAGCGACACGGAAGACGGUUUGUUUUUAGUUUAACUCAUAAAUUUUAAAGUAUUUUGUAAAUUUUUUUUACUUUUUAAAACGGCAUUUUACAUUCAAUUUAACUUAAGAAACCUCGACAGAGUAUUCAUCUUCUGGUAGCACAGUAAAAACGGCAAAAAAUAGCAGUGAUAAAUCAUCUACCAGCUCGUCGAUACAUACUGAUAUAAACGUAGAUUCGGGUCGAAGUUAUCUUGAAAGUGUAGCCAGCUCUUCGUCAUCUGAAUCGAAGUAAGUAUUAUGAUUUCACAUAGUUAAUUUAAUAAUUUGUAAAUUGGUUUACGUUUAAUUUUAAUGAAAAAAACUUUAAUGCUUAAUUAUUUUAGACAUAUGUCGCCAACUUCGGCUUACCUCCACAAACUGCGAAGUAAUAUACUGAAGCAUCGUACUUGA